UGGAGAAAAGUUUUUCUCAUUCUUGGUUAAAAAGAGAAAGGAGUUUCAAUUUCCUCCUCCUUCUCAUCCUCCCACUCCACCCUCUUACCUUUACCCACCAUCAAUGCAAAUCAUCAAAACUUAAGAAGCAACUUGACAAUUUACUAAUUCACUUUUAAAUCCCAAUCAAAUCAGUUGAUUCAGUUUAAAGAUCAAUAAAACAACAACAACUUUGUGUUUACUUUUGUACUUGAAAAUCAUUUGGAUAUUAUUUUGAUUGUUUUCUCAUAAAUUUGACAACAAUUUAAUCUAAUUGUGAUCAUCACCUUUUGGUUUGCGCCUUGAUUAAAAGUCCAAUAACAUACACCAACUAUAAUUAAAAUGGAUUCGUGGAGAAGUGUUUUAAUAGCCUUUUUAACAAUUAUUCAAAUGAUUGCUCCAAAUGAGUGUAAAAAGAAAGAGGAUACAAAUUCAUCAACGUCCAAGGGCAAUAGUAAUCAGCCAAAUGUUAUGGGCCCUUGGGGUAAUAUGGGCAUGGGAAUGCCGAUGCCAAUGCCAUGGAUGCAAAUGAUGGGCAUGAAUCCGAUGGGAAUGAACCCUAUAAUGGGAGGAAUGAUGAACGGUAUCGGUGGAAUGGGCUCCAUGGGAGCGAUGAGUGGAAUGGGAAAUCCAAUGAUGGUCGGUGGACCGAUGAGUUUCUAUGAUAAAAACCCAAUGGGUAUGGCCAAUUCCAUGGGUAUGAUGCCAAUGUCUUCAAUGAUGUCACCCAUGAUGUCUGCAUUUUCACCUAAUUCAAUGAUGUCCGGUUCCAUGAUGAGUUCAUCUUUCAUGAAUCCUUCAAUUUCACCCGUUGGUCUAUCUUCAGGUAGUCCUUUUGGAUCUCCAUUCACUUCACCAUUCGCCUCUUCAUCCAGUGGAUUAGCCUCUUUCCCCGGAUUAUCCAGUUUAUCCUCACUUGGUUUAAUGGCUUCAGGCUCAUCACCUUUCUCUUCAUCUCUUCACCAUCCUUCCGGGUUUAGUCGUAAAUCUAGUUACACCACAUUAUAUCCAAUAUUCAGUCCGUAAGAGAGAACAAAAAUUUUUUUUUCUAAAUUCAAAAUUAUCAACAAUUCCACAGAAUUGAUGAAACUUUUUGCUUCCAAUUGUCUUCUGUCUUUUGCCUUCAUGUUCAUGUAAAUCAUGUUUCCAUCAUUGCCUUGGCUUGAAUCCCUAUUUCCAAAUGUUGCUAAAGAAAGUAAGAUAAACAAAAAUCAAACAAUUAGUCUAAUUGUCAAGUCAAAUCACCAUCAAUCUAAUGAUUAUACUGAUUCUUUUCAAUAUCCUAAACUAUUGUCCAGUAAAAGAGAAAAAAAAUCAAUCUAUUUACUGGUUAAGUUAAUUACAAAAGAAAGAAUCACAAUAAUCACGCUAUUAAUUCAUUUUCAUUCAUUUAAAUGUUGGCUUACCUUUUUUUUAAAGUUCCUCGAUCCUUGUGACACUUUUUCCAUUCACUUAAUUGUAAUUGAUUGUUUAUUAUUUAAAGAAAAGAAAACCAUUAAUUUGAUUGUUUGUUACUAUUUUCACUUUUCUUUUUCUAUUCUUUCCUUGAUUGUUUUUCUCAUUCUCUCUUAUCCAGUGAUGAGGACGAUAAAAAGGAAAACACCAAAUCAGAAUAAGAUUUCAGGUGAAUAACAAUCGAGAUGCAAAAAAAACAACAACAACAUGAAAAGAUCACAAGUAAACAUGAUGAUAUAUAUUCACAAGAAUUGUAGAAAUUAAUUGUUGUUACAAUAUAAUAAUUUUAGAGAAAGAAUUGAAUAGCUUUUGGGUGAGAAGAAUUAAAAAAAAAGGAGAAAAGAAAUUUGAAUGCUCAUUGAACAGGUAAAUUGAUA